GUUUUGAAAGUACUCCCCGGAAGUAGUAUAUACUUCCGUUUGAUUGGCGGUGGCAGCAGCCUAGUAGUGAACGACUGUAACCAAGCCGGACCGUUUACUCAAUCAUGGGGCCGACAGGUGAGGUUGUGUUUGGCAGCCAGGUGCCAGUCUGUUCUAAGAACCAACUGCGUUGGGACCUGACCCCUGAGGAAAUAAAGCAGCUGUCUGAUGAGCUCAUCACCAAAACCAAGACGGUUUUCGACCUCGUGGGAGCCCUGGACCUGGACAGUGUGACCUUUGAGAACACACUGAAGGCCCUCGCUGACGUGGAGGUUGAAUACACAGUUCAGAGGAACGUGCUGGACUUCCCUCAACACGUGUCUCCGUGCAAAGAUGUACGAACAGCGAGUACCGAGGCUGACAAACGCUUGUCUGAGUUUGAUGUGGAGAUGAGCAUGAGGGAGGACGUGUACCAGAGGGUCGUCACUCUAGAGAAAAAGGUUGAUGCUGAGAGCCUCUCUGCAGAGUCUAGGCGCUACAUGGAGCGACUCAUCAAACUGGGGAAGAGGAAUGGCCUCCACCUUCCCACAGAGACUCAAGAGGUGAUCAAAACCAUCAAGAAGAAGCUGAGCAACCUGUGCAUAGAUUUCAACAAGAACCUGAACGAGGACACCACCAGUCUGUCCUUCAGCAGAGAGGAGCUGGGUGGCCUCCCCGAGGACUUCCUCAGCUCCCUGGAGGCUGACGGUGAGAAGCUGAAGGUCACCCUGAAGUACCCUCACUACUUCCCUGCCAUGAAGAAAUGCUUUGUCCCUGAGACUCGCAGGAAGUUAGAGGAGGCCUUCAACUCCCGCUGCAAAGAGGAGAACGCAGCCAUCCUGAAGGAGCUGGUGGAGCUCCGUGCUCAGAAAUGUUCUCUGCUGGGCUUCAGCACUCACGCUGACUUCAUCCUGGAAAUGAACAUGGCCAAGUCUGGAUCAAAGGUGGCCACCUUCCUGGAGGAACUGGCUUCUAAACUGAAGGCUCUGGGUGAAGAAGAGCGCGCCGUCAUCCUCAAGCUGAAGGAGAAGGAGUGUAAGAAAAGAGAGCUGCCUUUUAAUGGAGAGCUGCACGCCUGGGACACCCGUUACUACAUGAACCAGGUGGAGGAGACUCAGUAUGCUGUGGAUCAGAACCUACUAAAGGAGUACUUCCCCAUGGAGGUUGUGACCCAGGGUCUGCUUGGCAUCUACCAGGAGCUGUUGGGUCUGUCCUUUGAGCUGGUGGACAGUGUCCCCGUCUGGCAUCCUGAUGUCACUCUCUACUGUGUAAAGGACCGCAGCAAUGGUCAGGUGGUGGGACAGUUCUACCUGGACCUCUACCCCAGGGAGGGAAAGUAUGGACACGCCGCCUGCUUCGGCCUGCAGCCAGGCUGCCUUCUCCCCGACGGCUCCCGACAGAUGCCGGUUGCAGCCAUGGUUGCCAACUUCAGCAAGCCGACGGCUGACGCUCCAUCUCUGCUGCAGCAUGACGAGGUGGAGACAUACUUCCAUGAGUUCGGCCACGUCAUGCAUCAACUCUGUGCCAAGGCUGACUACGCCAUGUUCAGUGGGACCCACGUGGAACGGGACUUUGUGGAGGCUCCAUCCCAGAUGUUGGAGAACUGGGUUUGGGAGAAGGAGCCUCUGCAGAGAAUGUCCAAACACUACAAGACUGACAAGGGCAUCCCUGAAGACCUCCUGGACAAACUGAUCAAGUCUCGCCUCGCCAACACUGGUCUGUUUAACUUGAGGCAGGUUGUUUUGGCUAAAGUGGACCAGGCUCUUCACACCAGGACUGGAUUGGACCCUGCUGAAGAGUAUGCUCGUCUAUGUCAGGAAGUCCUGGGAAUCCCUUCUACACCAGGAACCAAUAUGCCGGCCACUUUCGGACACCUGGCUGGUGGCUACGAUGCUCAGUACUACGGUUACCUGUGGAGCGAGGUGUUCUCCAUGGACAUGUUCUACACUCGUUUCAAACAGGAAGGAAUCAUGAACCCUGAGGUGGGUCUGGACUACAGGAAAUGCAUCCUGCGACCAGGCGGCUCCUUGGAUGCCACAGAGAUGCUCAAGAAGUUCCUCGGACGGGAACCUCAGCAAGAGGCGUUUCUGUUGAGCAAAGGACUGACAGUGGAGCAGCACACAGAGGCCCUGCUGACCAAUCUGGGCAGGUAGCUCCUCCCCAACAUCCCUGCACAAGUAGACGGAACCCACAUUCUAUCUAUAGUCAUGAUAUUUUCCAGAAAAAUACAAAAAUUAAAAAGAACUUGUACCAGUCAAAAGGAUGAAAUUGUGAAUAAAACUGUUAAAUAAA